GCGCGCUUCCUCAGCUGGACUGAGUGGCAAAAGAACCUGCUGUGUGACUGGAAACUGUGAAAACGCAGCUCCUUCCAUAACCUCCUCCCGAACUCAGUCUGUGGUUGCAGUGAUGUGUCUGUUUUACAAAGACCCCCGUCCUUCCUCUUCCUCCUUGUCCUCCUCAAGGGCUGCCUGGCUGGGCAUCGGUGGUUAGGACUCCUGCUCCAGAGUCCACGGAUGGGGAUCUGCAGCGGUUUGUGAGGAGGAACUCAGAGGCCAUGAUUGACUGGCACAAUGGCACAGCGCCCGGCCAGCAGGAGGAUGAGCGCAGUGCUCAGGAGAGGUCAGAGUGUGUGCUGGCUUACAUCCCUGUCAUCUACUACAGUGCUCUGUUGUGUGUUGGAGUGCCAGUGAACAUCCUGACAUUGGUGGCUCUUUACCGGCUGGCUGUUCGCACUCAGAAGGCCCUCUACGUGUAUCUUCUUGCUCUAACCGGCUCAGACAUCCUCAGCCAGUUGUUCAUCAUCUUCGUGGGCUUCCUGCUCGAAACGGCCGUGUUUCACAGAGACGUACCUGUGCUGCUGCUGCGCUCGGUCAGUAUGAUGGAGUUUUCCGCCAAUCACGCAUCCAUAUGGGCCACCGUACCCCUCACGGUUGACCGCUAUGUUGCUUUGUGCCACCCUCUACUUCACCGACAGAUCAGCUACCCGGCACGGGCCCGGCGGAUCAUCGCGGUGGUGUUUACUUUGGCACUGGCAUCCGGCGUGCCGUUUUUCUGGUGGUCAGACAUGUGGAGGGUCAGCCACGCACCCAACAGCUUGGAUACCGCCCUGAUUUGGACCCACGUGACCAUUAUUUACUUUCUUCCGUGCUGCAUCUUCCUCGUGCUAAACUCCUUGAUCAUUCUGAGGCUCCGGAAGAGACAGCGGCAGCAGAUGUGCAAAGACGAGAGUGGACAACAGCUGGCACUGCCAGGCAAGCUGGGUAAAACCACAGCUAUGCUCCUUGCAGUGACUUCUGUGUUCGCUAUACUAUGGGCGCCUCGUACUGGAGUGGUGCUCUACCAUCUUUACGUGUCGUCGGUGCACCAUGAUUGGCGGGUACAUCUAGCAUACGAUUUAGCCAACAUGUUAGCCAUGCUAAACACUGCUGUGAAUUUCUUUCUGUACUGUUUUGUCAGCAAACCCUUUAGAGCGGCAGUGAGGGACGUCCUUUUGUUCCGGGGGGGACCGUUGCACCCACGCCGGCCCCUUCAUCAACAGCGCAACCCUGCCAAUGCCUCCACCUCCUCUAUUUCCAGCACCAAACGUUCCCAGCGAGAAAUAACCCCUCUCUCUCCCAAAAGGGCAGACAUCAAGAUGUAGUCUUGCUGCUUAAAAACAUUUAAAAAAUGAAAAUUCUGUCAUCAUUUACUCACCUAUAUGUUCAUGACUUUUCUUUUUUGUCCAUACUUUUUGACCAAAAAAAUCAAUGAAACCUUUGGAACAUCUUCUUUUGUGUAAGAUGAAAGAAAGUCAUACAGGUUUGGAAUGAGAGUUUACUUGGGUAAAUGAUGACAGAUUUUUAAUUUUUGGGGAACUAUCCCUUUAAGUCCCAACAAAAGCAUUGAAUUAACUUGAAAGGAGUUCAAAUUUGUGGCUUUUAUGGAUUGAAAGGUUAAAGGUGCAGUCACAUAAGUUCAAAAAAAUGUUCAUUGUCUAUUGUAAAUAGUGUAGCGAUGUAUGAGGCACAGCUCACACAAAAGUCACUUUUCAAACCAAGCAGUUUUCAGUACUGCAAAUUUGUGUGAUCAACUUGAAAAUGAGGGAAAACCAUGGGUAAUUUUUUCGCCCUUAUGUGAAAAUCUUGAUUCUUAAUGGAAUGACUAGAUUUCAGCUGCAAAAUUUUGCAAGAUAUCAAUAUGUGACCGCAUCUUUAGUAUGUAAUAUUACGUGAUUGUUGCCACCAAAACUGAAUAUUCAGAUAAUGAACAGUCUAGUAUUCAUUCACGCUAAUGUGCACCACAGGUACUGCUCAUCUAAACACUGUCUUAUCUGACCUCUGCUUGGUGACCCGAGAGAUCACA